GUCGGUGUGGUGGUCGUUAUUGAUUGCGAAGCCGCACUAAUCGCGCAAGCUCGCUGUCCGCCCUGAAUGAAGUGACGUGCUCUCUCGCAUAUGGAGACGCGAAUAGAGAAACGAUAAGACCUGUGCAGGGCCCUCAGCAGCCGACCAACAGCAGUGACGACGACGACGAGAGGAUGCUCCUUCAACGGGGCUGCACUUGGCUGACGUUAAUGCCGCUCCUGUUGAGCUGGUCCACUGGCGAGCUCAGCUUUUAUCGGGAUGCGCUUCCGGAAACGUCAGAGGAUGUUGCACUGAAGUUAGCCCGUUAUCUGGAGGCGCAUCGUCUUCAGCAGCGUCUUCAUCGGUCGCACCUGCCUACGUUCUUGUCGUCAAUGUACAAGAAACACAACAGUCUGCUGGACCAUCAGGAGGAGCGCGAAGUCCUUUUAAAACUUCUGUCCGAUAGAAAGGAUUUCUUAGAAUGGUUGACGCAUUUUUAUCGUCAGAAUCAAAUUACGGAACCGGAGUACCUUUCAUCUUAUUUCAAUCUAGAUCGCAAGCGUCCGAUUUAUUCCGAAGAGAAACAGCCGAAUGAAAACGAUGGCCAUUUCUCCAAAAAUCUCGGGUACGGGAAAAUUUUCGAUGUGAACAGAGAUCCAAUGGAGUCCACAUUAGACUCUUUCCAAAAAAAGUACAUAGACGAAAUUGAAACGUUCCAUCAUGAGGGCGGAAUGGAAGCAGCACUUAUACGUUCAGCAACGGCAGCUGCAUCGGAAGCGACCGAACCAGAAUUCACGUAUAAAUUCGAUGACUCGAAUUUCAAGGAGAAGCAUCCGUUUGCGGUGAAACCGAAUGAUCCCAGAUAUUACGGCGAGGAAUCAUUUUCAUCAGAUGAUAUAGAUUGGCAAGACAAUUCAAGGAUGACUUUGAAGGAGGAGAAAACUGCAAAUAAAGAGCGAACAUUAGUAAAACAUGAAGAUGACAUGCGGAAUAUCAAGCAGGAGACGGAUUUAACCGCAAGUUUCGACGUGCCGGAACCGGAUAGACUUGCGGGACGUCGUCCGGUGAGCGUGCCCAUAAAUCAGGACUUCAAUAAUGACAUUUAUUUUAUUGCCAUUGUGGCCGGUUGCAGUGCAGCUGCGAUGUUUGCUUUAGUAUUGAUUAGUUUAACGUGGUGCAGAUUACAACGCGGCGCGAAAGCUGCGGCGGACAUAGAGUAUCCUGCUUACGGUGUGACGGGACCGAAUAAAGAUGUAUCGCCUUCCGGUGAUCAAAGGCUCGCCCAGUCUGCUCAGAUGUAUCAUUUUCAACAUCAGAAACAACAAAUUAUUGCCAUGGAAAAUCGUACUUCUGCAACGAGGGAUCCGGGUUCUCUUUCGGAAGCGGAGAGCGAUGAAGAGAAUGAAGAGGGUGACUAUACCGUUUACGAAUGCCCAGGACUUGCAUCUACGGGCGAGAUGGAAGUGAAGAACCCGAUGUUCCAUGACGAUCCUACUCCGGCGACGCCAGCGACGCAGAGCAACAAAGAAGAGGACCACAUAUAGUUUCAAUAAAGUAGAAAAAAUAAAAACCGUACGCGCGCGAUCUGAAAAAAUCUUUCCCGGUGCUUAGCUCACUGUUAAUAUAUCAUAUCGAAAACGUUUAUCUAUUAUAUUGAGUGUAUACAACUUUAAUAUUUAUAUA